AAAAAAGUCCCAACACUCGAAACCAAAAUAAAAAAAUAAAAUAAAAAAACUCGGUAUACGGUAAAAGAAAAAACACAAAGAAGGAAAAGAAAUAACAGAGGGGAAAGGAAUCAAAAACAAAAAGGGAGACGAAUCUGAAAGGAAGAUUUUGGAAAAUUCUGGUUAUUGUUUAAGUUGUUAAUACACACAAACCCAGCCAGAAUUUUGUUUCCCCAAAUUCACCGGCAAAGAAAUUUCCGUACUCCUUUGACGGAGUCCCCAGUCAAUUUAUCCUCCUCAUCAUCAUCACCAUCAUCGCCAUCGUCGUCGUCAUCCUCAAUCGCGUUUCUUUGCUUAGAUUCCUUCGCCUUUUUCCCCCUUCAUUCCUUCCUUCCUUCGAUUCCCCCAUUCCAUAUUUCCCAAUUUUCCUAUACCUUUUGAUUCCCAAAAAAAAAAAAAAAUUGAUUCUGUGAUAUUUGAUUCCGUAGCCCAAAUUCUGCAAUUUCGUUGCUGUUCGUAGGAGCCGAUCAAGUGAUUUGAUUUGUUGUUUGUAAGUUUUUGUCGUUCGAGAAUUUUGCUUUGUCGGUUGCUUUAUUAUAUCUCGAUAAGGAUUGGGUUUUUAUGAUGUAAUUGAGUUAAAUUUUGCUUUGGGUGAAACAUUUUAUUUGCUAUUAUGAUGAUUUUACAGAGUUGGAGACAAAAAAGAGAGAGAGGGAUGCAGAGCCAGAUUGUGUGUAGUGGAUGUAGAAGCUUAUUGAUGUAUCCGCGGGGCGCCACAAAUGUGUGCUGCGCUUUCUGUAAUGCCAUCACCGCUGUGCCCCCGCCUCAGCUCCCACCCGGAAUGGAAAUGUCCCAGAUUGUAUGCGGCGGUUGCCGCACUCUUUUGAUGUAUGCACGUGGUGCGUCAAGUGUGAGAUGUUCCUGCUGUCACACGGUGAAUCUUGCACCUCCACCAGCUACUACUAAUGUUGCUCACGUCAACUGUGGAAAUUGCCGCACAACACUUAUGUACCCAUAUGGCGCUCCCUCAGUCAAAUGUGCCAUUUGUCAUUAUAUCACCAAUGUUGCUAUGAAUAAUGUGAGGGUUCCAAUUCCCAUGCACCAGUCUACCGGGGCGCCAACGUCAGCACCAAUGCCCUCUACUUCAGCUGUGAGUUUCUCAGAUGUGCUGCUAGAUUCUUGAAGGAUGUUAAAACUGUCUUUGCAUUUUUUUAAUGACCAUCUGUGAUUCCAUUGCAGGGUUUGACCAAUUCUCAGAGUCAAACUGUUGUUGUGGAGAAUCCUAUGUCUGUAGACAAAAGUGGAAAAUUGGUAAGUUUUGUGCUGGAUUGCAGGACUUCGUUACAUGGGAUAAAUCUGAAGAUUAUUAUAUUUUCAUUGUAGCAUUUUGAACCCGUCAUGCUUUUAUGUGUAUUUCAGGUGAGCAAUGUUGUGGUUGGUGUCACUACAGAGAAGAAAUGACGCAAGAAAGAGGGUGAUCCUGCCCUUGCGGUGUUGCAAGGCAGAAGUCUUUAAGUUUAGCAUAAGCUGCUGGACCAAAUGGGUAUAUAGAGAUUUUGUGAAUACUUGGAGGAAAAAAAUGAUCAGUUUCGCUAUUAUAUGGUCACUUUUAUAUUACAUGAUUAUUGUUGAUGCUGGUGUGAUGUACAUUAGAAGGAUUAGCAGAAGUGAGCAGCUUCAACACAUUUGUGAUGCAUUUUUAUUUAUUUUUUUAAACUCCUUUUGAGAUAUGAAUAUUGCUAUUUAGUAAUUACUGACUUGAUAAAUAGUUUGAUACUUCGGGCUUCUUGUUUUUUUUUUUUUUUUAAAAAAAAUUCUGUAUAAGCUUGUCUUGGAUUUGUAGAUCCGAGUAUCCGACAUGUUAUUGCAAAUAAUACCGUUGCAAAGGCA